UGACCAGCAUACAUUUGCCGACCAACCUCGAUGGCCUUCUGGAGACGCAUCAUCCUUCUAGCUCUCUGCUAUCAGCUCUGGUAUUGCCAAGUAUAGAAAUUGCAGCAUGAAAUCGUCAUUAACCUGUCGUUAACACGCUUUCGUCAGAAUGGCAGCACAGUCGACGCUGCGCUACAGUAGCGAUCCUCUAGCCCAGUUGUACCUCCAAUACCGAGAAACACUACGAAAACGAGUGAACACUGCAUCGCGGACGGCCAAGCUCCUUGCUACGCUGCUUCUUACGCUCUCGAUCGUCUCGGCGGGCUACGGGACGCGGAAAUGGUGGAAGAAGCGGAAUGCCGAAAGAGCUACGGGACGGCGCCUUGUGCGCAAGAACAGCGGCUUGAAGGGCAAAGACGGGUCGCGCAUCAUUUACGUGCCGUACAAAGACGGAACAAGCAAGGUUGUUAUACAUGGCACUAAGCAGACAACAUUCGAAGCCCACAGACGACUCUUCCUUCAACCACCUAGAGUUGCAGGACUCGGCGACGCGUAUCAGAGCCAGGUGCCGCCACCGCAAACGAAACCUGGCCUAAAUCUGGCUUUUUUGCACCAGUUUCUCAGCCUGUUCAAUAUCAUGGUCCCAAGGUGGACGAGCAAAGAGGCAGGCCUGUUGUUCAGCCACAGCUUGUUCCUCAUGCUGCGCACCUACCUGUCGCUGGUCGUUGCCCGACUCGACGGCGAGAUUGUGCGAGACCUUGUCGCUGGAAACGGUCGAGCUUUCCUUUGGGGCAUCGUCAAAUGGUGCGGUAUCGGUGGUCUGGCAUCGUACACGAAUGCCAUGAUCAAGUUUCUGAAGUCAAAAGUGUCCAUUGCCUUCCGGACGAGAUUGACCCGUUAUAUCCACGACCUGUAUCUCAGCGACGAACUCAACUACUACAAACUACUCAAUCUAGACGGGGGUGUUGGAGCGAAUCCAGACCAGUUCAUCACUCAGGAUCUGACGCUUUUUUGUGCCGCUGCUGCUGACCUAUUCUCGUCGCUCGGAAAGCCGUUUGUAGACCUUUGCGUCUUCAAUUAUCAGCUGUACCGUUCCCUUGGCCCUCUUGCCUUCUCAGGUUUAAUGAUCAACUACUUUGGUACUGCGACACUUCUGAGAAAGCUCUCGCCGCCGUUCGGUAAGUUGAAGGCUGUUGAGGGUCGAAGAGAAGGCGACUUUCGAGCUCUUCAUGCCCGACUCAUAGCGAAUGCUGAAGAAGUGGCUUUUUACGGGGGAGAUUCCAUGGAGCGAAUGUUCCUGGACAAAGGAUUCCGCGAGCUGAAACACUGGAUGGAAGGUAUCUACAGCCUAAAGAUCCGCUACAACAUGCUUGAAGACUUCGUGCUCAAGUAUUCCUGGUCGGCUAUUGGGUAUGUGAUCACCUCGUUGCCCGUUUUCCUUCCAAUGUGGGGCGGUGCCGGAGGAGAGUCUGAGUUGGGCGACAACGUCGAUAAGGUCCAAAGAGAGCGUGGGCGAAUGAAGGAUUUCAUUACAAACAAAAGACUCAUGCUAUCUCUGGCUGAUGCCGGUGGACGCAUGAUGUAUUCCAUCAAGGAUCUGUCUGAACUCGCUGGUUACACCUCGCGAGUUUAUACUUUGAUCAGCACGUUGCAUCGUGUACAUGCGAAUGCGUAUGUUCCCCCUAAUCCCAGCGAAGGAGCGGAGCUAUAUUCUCUUUGCGAUGUUCAAGGAACGGUGCACAAGGGUUUCGACGGAGUUCGACUGGAAAAUGUUCCGAUUGUCGCACCUGCCUUGUUUCCACAGGGCGGCGAUGAGCUCUUAGAUUCGUUGUCCGUCAUAGUACACUCAGGUGAACAUCUGCUUAUCACAGGCCCGAAUGGCGUUGGUAAAAGUGCCGUUGCUCGCAUCGUGGCCGGCCUCUGGCCAGUUUAUCGCGGCCUUGUCUCUCGUCCUCGCACGAUUGGCACAGAUGGUAUAAUGUUUUUACCGCAACGACCUUAUCUUAGCACGGGAACCUUGCGUGAUCAGGUCAUCUACCCUCACACGGAAUUGGACAUGAAGACUGCCGGACGACGGGACAUUGAACUUGGAAGAAUCUUAGAAGAAGCGAAACUGGGUUAUUUGCCCGACAGAGAAGGAGGCUGGGACACUCGAAAGGACUGGAAGGACGUUUUGUCAGGAGGCGAGAAGCAGCGCAUGGCAAUUGCUCGACUGUUCUAUCACGAGCCGCGAUAUGCAUUUAUUGACGAAGGCACGAGUGCCGUAAGUAGCGAUGUAGAGGGACUGCUUUAUGAACGAGCAAAAGCGAAGGGCAUCACUCUCAUUACUAUUUCUACUCGUGCGUCGCUGAAGCGAUACCAUAACUUCACGCUUACGCUAGGUCUCGGUGACUCGGGUGAGGAGUGGGAGUUCCAGCGCAUUGGAACACAAGCCGAAAAGUCUUCAGUUGAAAAAGAACUGAAAGAACUCAGAGAACGGCUUGCGAAUGUUGAACAAUGGACGAGGAGGCGAAAAGAGAUUGAGGAUGAGCUCAAUAAGGUGUGGACAGAUGGUGGGCAGGAACUAGCGCCACCGCCAUACACAGAAGAGCAUAUGGAAGACACCCUCCACGAUGCGGUCGCUAGCGAAGUUGAAGUCGUAUCUGAACGUAGUGCUCUCGUCGAGAAGGGCUUGGGAGAAGGAGUGGGUCUAGACAACGAUGCUAGCAACGUUCCUCAGCAGUGAUUUUGAUUGAUUCCUACUAUGGAACGGAUGGCAAACAUGGAAGAUGCACAGUCUCGCACCCUCAGUAGCAUUUGAUACCCAAGAAAGAAUGGCUACAAAGGACUUGCACUGCAUCUUUCGCUCACAUUUCGCCUCCCCACCGCUGCUUUUUAUGACGAUUUGCGUUAGCUGCGCGACCGGAUUCCCUUCGCCAAGCUUAACAAGUUCUAGGACACAGAUGCGGAUUUCCCCUUGAAAUGUUCUAGUUGUGCUUUGUGAUAUAGCGACACGGAAACUGGACCUCAAAUCUUACACACCGUAGAUGUUGAUUCGGAACAAUGGCGGCGACACUCCGCCGUUGCGCUCAUCAAAGAAACGACUAGAAUGGAAAGGGUGUUGUUAAAUAAACGUCAUGUAGAUAAAGCAUCCGUCGCCUUUGUGCAAUUCCUCGUGCAUUUACC